GGAGAAAACGUGACAGUGUGUGUCUUUGUAAUAUAUCUUUUUAAAAGUUUUGAUGAAUAAAUGCAUAAAAAAGACCUUAAUUUUUGUUUCUCUGACCGGUGAUAUGACAAGUUCUGUAUGAGAACAAAGUGGUCCUUCGAGCCGGAUCUGCAGGGAAGUGAAAAUAAGGUUUUAAGACGACAGAAGGCGUAAAAAUCCGUAAAUUCGACUAUACGAUGAGUGUGAACAAGGACUUGGUAGACGACUUGGGAGCUAAUUUAGACGAGAAGAAGGACGACAAUACAAGCGAAAACGUUCCUAAAAGUUCGGGAAAUGAGCCAUUUAAAGACAGUAAUGGAAACAAACGAUAUCAAACGCUUUUAAAGCGAAAGAAAAGCGGAAUAACUAGAUUUUCUAACGCUAAAAGACAGCUUGAAGACUUGAUUUUAGUAUACGACCAAGAAACAGGCAGAAGAAGCAGCAAAACCAGUAUUUUACGAGCGAUUAAUAAGGUAAAGUCGGAGUAUACAGUUGUUGAAGAGUUGAUUAGAUGCAUGAAAACGACGAUCGCUGUGAUAGACGAUGAUGAAGCGACAAAUAUAGACAACAUUAUUGACAUGUUAGAUAAGGAACUAGCAGAAUUGGGUAAUGAAGUAGACAAUAGCCUCAAAUGUGCAAAUGAACAAUUAGACGAACGACUACUCAAUGGAGAAAAAGAGUCAGACGUAGUUUCAAAUUGGUCGAGCAGUGUGUCCUCAAGAAAAACGAAAGCCUCAAAACUGUCUUCAUCAGCCAGAGUAAAGCAACAACAAGCCAAGGAUGCUCAAGAAAGACUUAGUAGACUUGAACAAGAACAAAGAGCACUAGAAGAAGAUUUGAAAAAGAAGGCAGACAUGUUUGAACUGAACCAAAAAAGAAUUGAAGAUGCUCGUUCCAUCGCCAUGCUAAAUGAAGCCAGAGCAAAAGCUGCCAGUAUUGAAGAAAAACAAGAAGACGAAAUACUUAAGAAACUACCAUCCCAUACUAACAACAAUGGUCAGCAGAUUAGUACAGCCUUGCAAGAAGUUCCUGUAACAGUCCAGAGGUUAAAGUCAAACAGAGUUCACCUAAAAGGAGUUGAGCUACCCAUAUUCUCUGGAGAUGACAAGAACAAGUUUGAGCCGUGGAAUGCUGCCUUCACCUCAGUGGUGGAUGAAGCUGAUAUCCCUGUAAGAGAGAAGAUGCUAAGACUUCAGGGAUGUCUAAGAGGAAAAGCCCUAGAGACGGUGAGGGAUCUUGGUUAUUCUCAAAAGGCUUACGAGCGUGCGAAAGAGAAACUGAAAAAGAAAUAUGGUGGUAAACGAAGACAAACCUUGACCCACUUAGCAGCGUUAAGGGGUUUACCAAAGGUUCGUCGACAUAACCUCGCAGACCUAGAAGAGUUGUUAGCCAUUAUCGACAGAAUACGUAUUGCCCUCCAAGAUGAUGACCCAGAUGGAGAGAUGAAAAGUCAACACCUCAACCUCACGGUGAAAGAAAAGAUUCCAGAAGAAGAUGUCAGAGCAUAUAAAUAUUGGUUGUUUGAACACACCGAAGAUGACACUUUUGAAAACCUAGUACAGUGGAUUGAGACACGGGUGGAGAUAAUGGAUGAAGCGAUGGAAGAGACUGGGGAAUUUAACAAAAAGAAGAACACCAAACCUGAGGACAGGCGAUAUAACCGAGGCUUCACUACUACAGGUAAUAAUAGAAGGUGUGUAGUAGAGAAAUGCUCAGAAGAUCACCCACCGUGGGUGUGUCAAAGAUUCAAGCAACUGUCAGUGACUCAGCGCAAAGAACUUAUUGCCAAACAUGGACGUUGCUUUCGAUGUUUGGCAUCAGGCCACUUGAGUAAAAACUGUCCUAGAAACCGAGAAUGUGGGAACAAUGGCUGCAAGAGUACAUGGCACAGCAGUUAUUUACAUGACUCUAACCCGAAUAGAAAUAGGAAAGAGUUUGAACCGAAGGAACGAGAUGGGGAACAAGUAGACAACGCAGCGCCAACAAAUGGAGACGAGACCAAAGUGAACAAUACCAAGACAUAUAUUGCAAAUCAAGUGGAACAUGUAUCGCUGAUGGUUCUGCCAGCCCUUAUUGUGAAUGGAUCAAAGAAAUUAAAGGUUAAUGUAAUGCUAGAUCCGUGUUCGACAGGAUCAUAUAUUACAGAAAAUGCAGCUGAAGAAUUACAACUUGAAGGCCGAAUGCAGAAUCUAACCAUUUCCGGAACUGCUGGAACUGAAGUGAAGAAGCUAUCCCGUAGAGUCGAACUGUCAGUAGCUAGUAUGAAUGGUGGCUUUUGUGCAAAACUUGAAGCCAAUGUCCUGGACAACAUCACUGGUGAUACACCAGCAAUUCAGUGGAGUGAAAUCAAAGAUCGUUGGUCACACCUAAAGUACAUCCCAUUUGAGAAAGUCUCCAGGAGGCAACCAAUUGAUGUGCUCGUUGGUAGUGACCAUCCUGUUUUCCAUCAGAUCCUGCGAGAAGUCCCUGGUGAUCACCCCAAUGAUCCUAUAGCCAGACAAACAAACCUUGGUUGGGUUUGUUUCGGCCCUACUCUUCAGUCUGACAUGCAGUACAAAACGCAUUCCCACCAUUCGACUCGUACCUAUCAUACCACGGAUGUGAACUUGAAAGAAACAAGUGACUUACUUAGGAAGUUUUGGGAGCUAGAGUCCUUGGGAAUCAAAGAUGACGGUGACCAAACCUGGACCCAAGACGAACUGACUGCAAUAAAGAUUGCAGAGAAGACACAGGCUAUUAAUGGUGGAAAGUACGAGAUUGGUAUACCUUGGAAGGAAGGAGAACCGAAAUUUGACAACAAUUUUGAAAUGGCAUAUUCGAGAUUGAAGAACCUGGAGAAGUCGCUGAUGAAGAAGAGUCCUCAAGUUGCCUCGGACUAUAACAAAAUAAUCGAAGAUUAUGUUGUUAUCAAAGAAGACAGAACAACAACUAAAGUUCGUAUUGUGUACGAUGCCGCAGCAAAAGACAAGAGAAAGUGUUUAAACGACGCCAUAUUACCCGGCCCAAAGCUUCAACGAGACUUGGUUGAUGUGCUUAUUCGAUUCCGUCGUGCCCCGGUAGGACUUUCCGCAGAUAUUGCUCAAAUGUUCUUGCAAGUUAAGCUUAAAGAAGAAGACCGACGAUACCAUCGAUUCCUGUGGCGCAAUUGUGACCAGGCAAAGCCACCUGAUGUUUAUGAAUUCCUGCGCCUACCUUUUGGGAACACUGCCUCCCCAUUUUGUGCUCAACAUGUUCUCCACUCCCAUGCACGUUCCCAAGCUGAAGUUUACCCUGAAGCUGCGGAAACUGUGGAAAACUCCAUGUACGUCGAUGAUGUGUUAGAUUCCUAUGAAACGACCCAGGAAGCAAAGAAGCUACAACAAGACCUGUCGGACAUGUUAAGAAGUGCAGGCUUUGAUCUGCGAAAGUGGCUAUCAAAUGAAGUAGAAGUGAUGGAGAACAUUCCAGAAGAUCACCGAUCGACAUCAGGGCUAGAAAUACCAGAUGGAAAUCUACCAAUACAGAAAACAUUGGGGGUGUUGUGGAAGCCACGAGAAGACGAGUUUGCGUUCCAAGUCAAGAAACCUAAAGCGGCAGAAGUCCCGACGAAGCGAAGCGUGUUGAGUUCAAUUGCAACCUUGUUCGACCCCCUUCAAUUGUUGACUCCAUUUACUGUCAGAGCGAAGAUCCUAAUGCAAGAGAUCUGGACAGCAGGUAUAGAUUGGGACGAUACUCUACCAGACAACCUUCAAGCAAAGUGGAAUGCUUGGAUCGCCGAACUCCCAGACUUGAUAGAAUUCAGCAUCCCACGUUGUCUACGUCUUCCAGAACCAAUUGAAGUGAUGCUCCAUGUCUUCGCUGAUGCUUCUAAGGACGCAUAUGCAGCAGUCGCAUAUUUGCUCUGUAAGUACCGUGAUCACAGCCCCACCUGUCGUCUCAUCGCCUCGAAGAAUCGUGUUUCACCCAUUAAAGCAGUUACAAUACCACGUCUUGAACUGAUGGGAGGUAUUCUCGCAGCUCGACUGGCUGGAAGUAUUCGAAAGACACUGGUGGUGGACAACACAACAUUUUGGACUGACUCCACUAAUGUUCUAUAUUGGGUACGCAGUCAGAGUCGAUCGUUUAAACCGUUUGUUGCGAAUAGGAUAGGUGAAAUUCAACGCACUACCGAGCCUGAGCAGUGGCGACAUGUUCCUGGGGAGAGGAACCCAGCAGAUCUACCAACCAGAGGACUCACGGUGUCUCAACUAUCUACAAGCAAAGUAUGGAUGGAAGGUCCAGAAUUCUUAAAAGAAGAUGAAUCCAGUUGGCCAGAAAAGUUGCCCAAUCACGGUACGAAGACCGAGCUGGUUGACAGGGAAAAGAAGAAAGAACAGACAUACCACGCCAUUCAAGAUGAUGAUGCUGCAAAGAAGCAAGGACUAAUCGACCCACGUUCCUUUUCCAGUCUUACAGCUCUACUACGCAUAACAGCUUGGGUCAAACGUUUCGCAAACAACUGCAGAGAGCCAAAAGAAUCAAGGAAGACAACAAAAUACCUUCAGCCGGUCGAAGUGAAGAAAGCUCAGUUGUACUGGUUGCAGCGAGUACAGAAAGAAGCAUUUCCUGAUGGAAACAGCGACAAACGACUACUCCACUUCAACCCAAAGCAAGACGAAGAAGGACUUCUGAGAGCAGAUGGACGCCUUCGAUUUGCAAGAGAGUUACCCUAUAACGCCAGACAUCCGAUCUUGCUACCGAACGAUCAUCCAGUGACCAAGCUGAUAAUCGUCGAAGCUCAUGAAGCACGUGGUCACGGCACCGGUGUGGAACAUUUACUGGCAGAGCUACGUUCUCGUUACUGGGUGAUAAAAGGACGACGAGCAGUUAGAAACAUAGUCGAAAGAUGUCCAGGAUGUCGGCGACGAUUCACUAAGAAACAACCUGGUCAAAUGAUGGCGCCAUUGCCACAAGCGAGAGUCGAAUUACCGUUGAAAGCCUUUGACCGAGUUGGAGUGGAUUAUGGGGGACCCUUCCUCACGAAACAAGGUAGAGGGAAGACUAGAGCCAAGAGAUACUUAUGCCUCUUUACUUGUUUGGCAACCAGAGCUGUCCACCUGGAAAUGAGCUAUUCAUUAGACACGGAUGCCUUCUUGAAUGCGUUCACGCGGAUGACGUCGAGGAGGGGGAUACCAAGUUACGUAGUGUCCGACAACGGGGGGAAUUUCGUGGCUGGUGAGAAAGAGCUUCGCGAAUUAGUCACUGUGUUUGAUCAAGAGAAGAUUGUCAACAAGACCUCAAAGAAGCCGAUCGAGUGGAAGUUUAAUCCGCCUUCAGCGCCACACUUCGGUGGAAUAUUUGAAUCCAUGAUUAAGAGUGCUAAGAAAGCUUUAAGGACAAUCCUCGGUGACGCUGAAGUUACAGACGAAGAACUCCACACAGCAAUAUGUGGCGCCGAAAGAUUGAUCAACUCAAGGCCAAUAACAUAUGUUAGUUCGGAUGCCAAUGACCUAACCCCUUUAACACCAAGUCACUUCUUGAUUGGACAGUUUGGAGGAGAAUUUGCACCUGAAGUACCCGAUAGCGAAGUAAUUAACCCGAAAAAGCGAUGGCGACGAAUUCAACAGUUACUUGGUCAGUUUUGGAGAAGAUGGCGAAGAGAAUUCUUACCAAACUUAAAUGCUCGCAGAAAGUGGUGUCAAGCAAAGACCAAUUUCAAAGAGGGUGAUGUAGUACUGGUGGUUGAACCAAAGGCAAAGCGUGGAGAAUGGCCACUUGCCCGAAUAGUCGAAGUGUAUCCUGGUAAGCAUGGCCUGGUGAGAGUGGUAAAGAUUCAAGUUGGGAAUUCAAUUUAUCUUCGACCAAUACAUCAUUUAUGCCCACUAGAAGCAUGAAAAAGGACAAACCUUUAUUUUGGACAAUAGUUAUAGUUAUAGUUGACAUUUUGUUUGCAAAUGUGGUCACAUUCGGGAGGGGGAUGUUUCCGAACAUUACCUUUGACUGUCCCCCCCGUAAUAGUGUGACGUAAAAUAGGACUUGGCCGCGCAAAAGGACUGAGGAGAAAACGUGACAGUGUGUGUCUUUGUAAUAUAUCUUU